GUACGUAGUAGCCUUCAUUGUGUCUCUAAUUUGCAUACACUAUUAUUAUGGCUUCAAACAAGCUUUUGUUUUCCUUUCUGCCUUUCCUCGUUUUCUUUCUCCACUUUGGGCAAGGAUCAUCGGCUGUUCAUUUCCAUCCCUUGAAGCUCUUUGUGUUUGGAGAUUCCUACGUUGACACUGGCAACAUCCAUGUCAAUGCUUCCAGUGCGAGGAAUUUUCCUUAUGGAAUUACUUUUCCCGGCGUCCCUUCCGGUCGUUUCUCCGAUGGUCGUGUUUUGACCGAUUUCUUAGCAAAAUAUGUUGGGUUGAAGAAGUCUCCAAUACCAUUCACUGUAUGGCAAAGAUUUGGAAGGAAAGGAGCAAAAUAUGGAAUGAACUUUGGUUUUGGUGGAACUGGGGUAUUUGACACCUCAUUUCCUUUCCCAAAUAUGACAACUCAAAUAAACUUUUUCCGAAAUCUUAUUGUCAACUCCAUAUUCUCUUCAUAUGAUAUCCACUCCUCUAUUGCCCUCGUCUCUCCAUCUGGCAAUGAUUAUUCCUUUUACUUCACUAACAAUGGUUCUCUAGAGGGGUUCAAACCAUUCAUUUUCUCAGUAGUGAAUCAAAUAUCUGUGAAUUUGAAGCGCAUUUAUAAGUUGGGAGUGAAAAAAGUAGUUGUCCUUGGAUUAGGGCCAGUGGGAUGCUAUCCUAAACCUACAGCCCCAUCAUUCAAGAAAUGCAAUAAAACAAUGGACUCAAUUGCUGUAUUCCACAACACUUUAUUGAAACAGGCUGUGGAGAAACUCAACUACGAAACAAAGGAGGGAUCUCCAAACUUCUUCAUUCUUAACAUGUAUGACACAGUUUUGUCCAUCAUAAAAAACAAAGAGAACCGUAAAGGUGGGGCAACAUUUAAGACACCGUUGAAGCCAUGUUGUUUUGGAGUAAAUAGUAAUUUUUCAUGUGGGAGUGUGGAUGAACGUGGCAACAAGAUGUAUACUUUGUGCAAACGUCCUGAUUUGGCCUUGUUUUGGGACGCUGUACACCCUACUCAAAACGGAUGGUUUGCAACUUUUAGCUCUUUCAAAUCAACUCUCAAACAUAUUAUUUGAAUCAUAUUUUCAUAUUUUUCGUUGCUUGAGAUGAUCAUAUAUUCAUUUAAAAUUUCUUGUUUUUGUUUAUUUCCUUGUUCAAUAAAAGUUCAAUCUCUCCUCUUAGAUGUAUCCGUAGUUGAAAUUGAACUAUCAAUCUUUAAGAUGAUAAUAAUAAUUAUGGUUUUUUAUAUAUCGAAAAUUGUGGAUUUGUAUGUACUAGAAUUUAUCUUUUCCAUUCAAAUGUGAAUCAAAUUCUUAAUCCUUAUUA